UUCUUGGAUUUGGAUUCUUGCAUUCUUCUAACUAACUAACUCAACAAAACUUGACGUUAAAAUUAUGUUCUCUGUUCUCCACUGACUCUUUCUUAUUCCCAAUUUGUAUUAUCUAAGAUGUAAUGAAUGUGAUUGUGAUAUAAACUUGAAUUUUGAAACAGUAACUUAACUUAGUGAUACACAAUACGGAUUUAGAUAAGUUUACUAAGUUAGUUAUCUUAGACUUAACUAUUUUAAUUUGUCUAGGCCUAGGCCUCAAAAUAGAUCAGGUACUGUAGGCCUAUAGACCCAACUUUAUUUAGAUUUUCAUUAUAACUUAAUAUUGUAUUGUAGUUGGUCUUAUCUAACGCAGUUUUGUAGGCCAAUGUUACCAAGUCAUACUCCUGAAACCCCCAAAUUCUAAAAUGUUCUCGAUUAUAAGACAUUUCAAGAAAUCAUCUGUUUUGUUGAGUAACUUACCCCUGACAUCUAGCACAGAAUUUACUCAAAAUAUUAACAAAUUUACAAGCCCCAAAAUCAUAGUGUCAUAUGUACAUUCGGCAACAAUACAAAAAAAUUCUGAAGCCACUCAAGCUGCCCUUACAGAAGAUACAGUGAACGGACUGCCAGACAAACUGUACAAACUAGUAGAAGUGGAAGUAAGGGGAAAUGACAAAGAAGUUUUGAAAAGUUAUGCUUGGUUCACAAAAACUGCUGCUAACCACUUGGGAGUUCAAGUUGGAAAAAGUUGGACUCCCCAUAAACCCCAUCAUGAAAGAUAUACAGUUUUACGAUCGAUCCACGUAAACAAGAAGUGCAGAGUACAGUACGAGUUUAGGACUUAUUUCCAUUUCAUGCAAUUUCACAAGUUGACUGGCUCAACUGCUGACACUUUUCUCGAGUACAUACAACGCAACUUGCCAGAGGGGGUUGCGAUGAAAGUCACCAAAGUUGGACUAGAGGUUAUUCCAGAGUACAUUCAACCUCCAGAAAAAGCAGAUAAAAUUGAAACUCCUAGUCCAAGUUGAAGAUCGUUGUAAAAUGUAAAUAAUAUAGCAGUAGAAAUAAAAUGAGUAAAAACGUACAGUA